UCACCGCCUGACACCAAAAAGUAAACAGACUUGUUUUGAUCUGUCAAAAAAUCAGGCGACUGUGCUGCUGAUUCCCAUCAACCGAUCCGGUGACAUUGUGAUCAUACAGUUCAUGUAGAACGGUUAGUUUUGGGCGAACACAAGGAAAUUUUCAUGCGGUUAUUUUAUUACAGUUAUUAAGAGUCUAGCUUUCUUGUUUUUACAAUGCGUUACAUCACCUAGCAGGCUAUCAGCUGAUUAGCUUGCUAGCUGUUGUUGUCCAACGUUUAACUUUAACAUUAGCCGAGGGCAUAGCAACCUACUGGCAGCUAGCAGUAGAUCGACUGCUGGGCUUAUAUAUGUAACUAUAUAAUGCUACGUCUUUCUAAUAGCUCCAUUUAUCAAGCUGUGGCGUUAAGAGUGUACUUAACUUGUUACCGCUUAGCUCUGUAACUGACUGCAGUAACAUUCAAACAACCGUAACCACCCGUUUUUAUUAGCCGCUAGCUGCCCAACCUCUCCCUGUGUAUUCUUCUACAUGCCGACAGCAGUAUGUAAAGAAAACUUAGAGUGAUGGUAGCACUAUACAGAUAAUAGUGAUGAUGCCUGAACAUCAGUAUCUCGCUAUGACUGAGAAUGGAGAGCUGAGUCCAAUGGGAGGACGCGCUGGCUCAUCAGGCCGUCUGGGCCGACAGACCUACAAAAGUUCAGCCCAUUUCCGCAGCCUGCUGGAUGGUCUGCUGGCUCUCAGGCAAAGUGGCAUCCUGUUUGAUGUGGUGCUGCUGGUGGAGGGUCGACCCAUUCAAGCCCACCGCAUACUUCUGGCAGCCUCAUGCGAUUAUUUUAGGGGAAUGUUUGCUGGAGGCCUUCGGGAGACACAGCAAAAGGAGAUUCCAAUUCAUGGAGUAUCCUACAUGGCCAUGAAAAAAAUACUUGACUACAUUUACACCUCAGAAAUUGAGUUAGACCUGGAGUGUGUUCAGGAAGUCCUGAUAGCUGCCACACUGGUGCAGCUCGAGAAUGUCAUCGGCUUCUGCUGUGAUUUCCUCUUCUCCUGGCUGGAUGACAGCAACAUUUUAGAUGUACAUCAUCUGGCUGAUCUCUAUGGACUGCAGCAACUUAAUGCCAGGGUCCACUCCUACAUCCUCAGGAACAUUCAGACUCUGUCUCGAACUGACGCGUACCGACAGCUCCCACAAAAUGAAGUGUUCAGAGCACUGAGCAGCAACGAGCUUCAGGUAAACAGUGAGAACGAGGUGUACGAGGCUGCACUUCACUACCACUACAGUCCCGAGCAGGUGGAAACUGACCAGGUGCACUUGCAGGUCAGUCCUAAGGAUAAUCUCAAGAUGCUUGAUGCUGUGCGUUUCUGCUUGAUUGAGAAACAAGUGUUGCAGAGACUUCAUGGCAGACUCAACCAUUGUCCACUGAAGGAUUCGGUUUCAGCUGCCUUGCAUUACCACGAGCAAGAGAUCUGGCAGCCCAUCCUGCAGAGUCCUCUCACCCAGCCGCGGUCCACCUUCCACUGUAUACUGGGCUUUGGGGGGAUGUUCACCUCCAGCUCCCUCACAGAGAGCGAGCACUUGUUUCAGGUAUUCCACCCGAGCUGGCGGGAGUGGAGGACUCUUAGUGCAGCAUUUGCACCCCGGAUGUCCAACCAGGGCAUCGCUGUGCUCAACAACUUUGUUUAUCUUAUUGGGGGAGACAAGAACACCAGUGGAUUUCGAGCAGAGACCCGCUGCUGGAGAUAUGACCCACGUCACAACAGCUGGUGCUCCAUCCAGCCUCUGCAGCAGCAGCAUGCUGACCACUGUGUUUGUGUAGUUGGGGGCCAUAUUUAUGCCAUCGGAGGGCGAGACUACAGUAAUGAGCUGGACUCAGUGGAGCGCUAUGACCCACAUACCAACACCUGGGAGUUUGUGUCACCUCUUAAGAGAGAGGUGUACGCCCACGCUGGAGCAGUGUUGGAUGGUAAAAUUUAUAUAAGCUGUGGUCGCAGGGGAGUGGCAUACCUCAGGGAGACCUACUGUUUUGACCCUGCGGCCAAUCACUGGACAGCAUGUGCAGAGGGGCCAGUAGAGCGGGCGUGGCACGGCAUGGCCGCCAUUAACGGGCGCAUCUAUGUCAUUGGGGGAAGCAAUGACGAACGUGGGUAUCGGCGUGAUGUCCUGAAGGUGGCUUGCUUGGACCCCACAGCCAACUCUUGGUCUUUAAUGACCCCUCUCCCCGCUGGACAUGGAGAACCUGGUGUAGCUGUGCUGGAUACGCGCAUCUACAUCCUCGGUGGACGCUCUCAUGACAAAGGCAACAGGAUGAAAUACGUUCACGUCUACAACACCGACACAGAUGAGUGGGAGAACGAGACAGAGUUUAAGGAGCGUGUCUCCGGCCUGGCAGCCUGUGUGGUGCUUAUGCCUCCCGCUGUUAUCACCCAGGCCAGGAGCUGGGAGCAGCGCACCAAAGCUUCAUGGGAAGACGUGGAGAUGGACAACUCGGAGGACUCUAGUGAGGACUGAAGCAGCUGUGCUCAGCUGAAUCUAUGUGCACUGGAGACUUGUCAUUGCACUUUUUACCAGCAUGUCCUAUUUUAAAUACUUUAAGGAGAUUCUUUUGUGGCAGUGGUUACUGCCAGCAUUGUGUCCUUGUUGCAUGUUGACCACUUUGAGUGCCUCUGAACCAAAGUGUCAUUCAGGACCUUUGCACACUUUUUGUUACUUCUCAGAUAUGAUCUUAGAUAAUCACACUCCGGCCAUGAAUCCCUGCCUGCUCAUAUGCUAAUGGGUCUGUUUGUCGCUCAUCCCUGAUUAUUUCCUGUCACUGUAGCUGCUUCUGUGUAGUUAAUCAGAGAGAAAUCAUUUUCUAUCUUCAAGUGAAGUAACCAGUGACUAGACUACUGUCUAUGCAAUAACAUGGUAGUAUGGAGUACUCUCGGCUGCCUGUGUUUAUUCUUUCAAGACUUUGACAUAGAGUCCUCUAAACUUGGGCUUAGACUUCAGAGUCUUACAGGCAGCUGUUAUCCUUUGUAACGUCAUCCCUUAGUUAGUCAGCUGUCAUUUAUAAGUAAAGAUCUUUAUGCGAUUUAGUUCACGUCUCCUCCCUGGAGGUUAUUUCCUGUGGUUAUUUCUAACUAUUUUCUAACUGCUAUUGAGUUGUCAUCACACCCAAACUACUGACUAAUCAUUUAAAUUUUAACAUUGUGCCUUUGUUGUGGUUACACCUGAAUCUGUGUUGUGAAGUGUACUUUCAUGUUUAUCAGUGUAUGUUUAGAUGGAGAUGAGCCUUAGGUAUCGUGCCUCCAAUAUCACAGUUUGUUGUUAAAAAAAAAACAAAAAAACAAUUGUUUGUGUUUGUUUGUACCUGAAUGAUGAAGCACUGGUGCUACAGGUUGUAGACCUCAAUUUAUGUUGCCAUGUCUUUAAUAAUUAUGUGCAUCAAGUCUUGAUAUCUGUGUAAUGAAAACCAAAUUACCAGUUAUGGUAAUAUUUUUUGUAUCCUUUCAUUGAUCUUUCGUACAGUAUGUUAUUCCAUGGCAGAAUCCAAAGAGCCCAAUGAAGAGUAGUUGUGGAAUAUUUCUUUUUGCUAAGUUGAGCUUUGCUCCAUUCUUCUGUUUGUUGCCUCAGUUUACUGUAAUGCUGUUUAAUGUAGUCAGAUAUUAUGUUAAUGGCACCUCCAUCACUAUGUAUCCUUUAUUUCUGUCAGUGAAAAACUCCAAGAACAAAUCUGUUUUAAAACAUAGUUUUCUCUUUCAUAGAACGAGACUUAAGGAGGAAUGCAAUGUAUUGGAACACACUGUCACACAAGAUAUGCAAAAUUAGUAUGCUGUUACUGAGAUAAGUUUUCAAAUGUAAUUAAAGUAUCUAAUAGUGUGUUGCUUUUGUCACGCAUGCACAUUAGUUGGGGUCAGGGCUGUAGCUAUUAUUAAGGCUGGAUUUAUUAAGGCUGAUUUUAUUAUUGUAAAAAAAAUUGUAACAAAAUAAAUGACUUGGUAUUUCUCCCUCAGAAUUUUACACCAUUUAGACUUAGUUUGGUAAUGACAUAGCAAUCCUUCAUUUUCUGGGUCUGUAAUUCCUAAAUUAUUCCCUGAAGCAUUUCUGGGAAAGGAGUAUGUAAUUGACUACUAAUUACCGGGAAAAUAGGAGUGUGCUUUGUUGUGUUCAGUUUAUAAGCAGUUGUUGAUUUCCUUUAAGAAUGGCUUUAUUUAAAUUAAAUCUGUAGACAAUAUAAUUCAAUCAUACCAAAUAAAUGAAAUCUUUUUUUAAGUCACUAGGGGUUGUGGCUUUGACUCAUGA